UUUAUUUUCAGAACAAUUUCACUAUUACAAAUGAUGAUGAUGCCGAAACAGUAACUGAGGUGAUAAACUCGUUAACACAUUCAUUAAUCCAGUAUAAGUUACGAAAUCUAUCAGUUCCCAUUAGAGAGUUGGUACUGAAAUCAAUAAAAGCUGAAAGCAUAAAAAAUGAAAAAUUAGGAUUGGAUGGGUUAAUGGAAUUGAAGAAAAUUGAUUCAUUUAUGUCAAAUUAUGAUACUAAUUCAAAGGAUGUUAAAUGCAAUGAUUUUAAUGAAAGAUUUGAAGAUCUACAAGAUAAGCAAUUUCCUUCCUUGUUGGAUGGUUCAUUUUGUCAUGCAAUGAAUAAAGACAUAGAUAAUAAAAUGAGGAGACCAGAAGUCUGCACAGAGAGAUUUAACCAAUCAUUUCAUUCUUCCCAGGGUAAUUUUUACAAUUCAUUGCCAUCCACCAGCAGUUUAAACACAAGAAAUUUUACAGAUGAUUUCAACCAGUCAGACAGAAGUUAUGAUUCAAACAGAUAUGAUGCCAAACAAUUAUUCAACGAUAAAUUUAAGAGACACUGUGAGGACAAUAAUUUUAGAGGAAGGUCUCAUAACAAUAAUAAUUUCAAUAGUUUUAAUGAAAAUAUUAAAGAUAACAGAUAUAAUAAUCCCAGACAGCAAAACAAUCAUUUUUCAUCAAGAAAAACAACAAAUUAUCAAUAUGAACACCAAAAUACAGAUUUUGGGGCAGAAUCUUAUAGGAGAAUUUCCAAUAAUGAAUCCAGUAACAGGAAUUCCAGAAUGGAUAACAAUUUUACAUCUUGGAAAAAUUAUAACAAGGAGUACAGUAAUACACAUAAACCCUAUUAAAAAUUCAAAAAUAUUAAUGCAUUAUUAUAGAUUUUGUUUUGAUGUUUGAAAGGAUUGUCAUACUUAUCUUUAAUUGGAUGUAGUAAAUUGUUUUUCAUAUUUAUUGUAAAAUUACAAUGCUACAGUUCAUCAUACUGUCAUUUCUGUUUAUAUUAUAGUACUGACAUCAAUAGUUAAUGGUGUUGUAAAAUAAAAUAUUUUAUUCAUGGGGCUUAAGGGCUCCUUAAGUCCCAAGCCUGAGAUACCUCGGACAAGUUACAUAGCGUUACGAAAAACUCGGUCGUCAAGGCCAUUUUUGAAAUUUUUUUUGAAUUUUUGGAAUGUUUUUUAGGUCU